UCCAUAUCAAUCCCUAUGAAGGUACGAGGAAUAGCACACUAUAACUACUCGCCAGAUCAAUCCAUCAAUCCAUAAUCGUCGGCAAAGACGUUCGUCCAGUUUGAAUACUGCUGGCCGCAUCCUUGCCAGGAGCAAGGGCUGAGUAAGUUAAUAGCCGGACGCCAAGCAACAUCAGUCGAAUACGGAGACUCUUUUACCAUUCCUCUUGCUUGCCUCACUCUCCUUGUCCAGUAUAAGAUACUUCAAAUAUCCCGCCAGGCAAGCCCGUCGCUACCGAUGCGGCCGCGCCGCCCAGCGAAGCGCCGAUGCAAGGCCGCUACGUGCGCCUCGAGAAACUGACGGAGCACCACAUCCCCGAUCUGUGGAAGCAUUACAGCGUCGACGAUUCGACCUGGAAAUGGGCACCGGGCACGACGCCGAGCGACGAGGGGGGCUUGGCGAAGUACAUGAGCGACGCAGCGAAGACGUGUGUGAUGUUUGCUGUGCUGUGCAAGGCGGGGAGACUUGGGCCCGGCAGUGGGGACCAUGCCGGGGAGAGGGGAAGAUGGGAGGCGAUGGGUGUCAUCGUCUACCUGGACAUCAAUCUGAAACAACGCACGCUGGAAGCCGGGGUGAUCUUUGGGCCUGCGAUUCGAAGGACAGUGGCGUCGAAAGAGGCGCACUACUUGAUGUUGCGGAAUGUGUUUUCGCCGGACAAGGGCGAGGCGUUUCGGCGGUGUUGCUGGAAGACGAGCAGUUUGAAUGUGCAGUCGAGACGGACGGCGGAGAGGUUGGGAUAUGUGUAUGAAGGGACAAUGCGGAACCACAUGAUACACGCGGGGAGAUCGAGGGAUACGGUGUUGCUAAGUGUGAUUGAGGAGGAUUGGGGUUCUAUGAAGCUGGCUUUUGAGCGGUGGCUGGAUGAGGGGAAUUUUGGGUCGGAUGGAGGGCAAAGAGAGCGGUUGGAGGAUAUUCGGAGGGGGAUUGUCGAGGGUGGUGAGGAGGUGUAGUCGAGUCAGGCUGACGGGUUUGUGUGUCAGCCUUGGGAGAGAAGUGGCCGCCUGGCUGGGGCAAGGGUACUCGGGUUACGUAACCCUAAGAAACGUGGGGAUUGCUGCAUCAUGACGCUCAAGCCUGUUUUGGGCAGGCAGAAAACACACUCCUCGACUCCCUCAUACCAAAC